AUGGCCACGGAGAACGGACGCCUAGUCCGUAACUUUGAGGAUAUCCGGAUGCGCGAUGGACCCAUCGUCGGAGGGAAGAAUGCCUCGCUGGGUGAGAUGAUCAACACACUCGGAUCCGAGGAGAUUGCAGUGCCCCCCGGUUUUGCGACAACGGCCCAGGCAUACUGGGACUACGUAGACGCCAAUGGGAUUCGCGACACCAUGGCCGAUCUGAUUGCCGACUGGCAAUCAGGCAAGAGAAAUCUAGGUGAGACGGGAAAGGCCAUGCGCCGUCUGUUUCUUCGGGGAAGUUGGCCUGAAGAUGCGGCCAACAGCAUCCGUAUGGCCUAUCGCACCCUCGCGGCGAGAGUCGGCGUCCGCGAACCGAGUGUGGCAGUCCGGUCCAGCGCGACCGCGGAGGAUCUGCCUGACGCCAGCUUUGCCGGUCAGCUUGAAUCAUACUUGAAUGUGACCGGGGAGGCGGCAUUGCUGGAUGCCUGUCGCCGAUGCUACGCCUCGCUCUUCACCGAUCGUGCGAUCAGCUACCGUCAAGCUAAGGACUACGACCAGAUGGGCAUCGCAUUAUCCGUUGGCGUACAGCGCAUGGUGCGGUCCGACUCGGGUGGAUCCGGUGUCAUGUUUUCCAUCGACACAGAAAGUGGUUUUGACCAGGUCGUGCUCAUCAAUGCUGCAUGGGGCCUCGGCGAAAAUGUAGUGCAGGGCGCUGUCACUCCAGACGAGUACCAGGUCUUUAAACAACUGCUGAGCAACCCGCAGCUGCGACCGAUCGUUAGCAAGAAGCUAGGGGACAAAUCUAUGAAGAUGAUCUACAGCGAUGAUCCACAACAGCCGACUCACAAUGUACCGACAUCGAAGGCUGAGCGCGCCGCGUUCGUCCUGACCGACACGGAGAUUCUCCAGCUUGCACGCUGGGCGUGUACAAUUGAGUCCCACUACGGCAGUCCUAUGGACAUGGAGUGGGCCAAGGAUGGAGCCGAUGGACCGCUGUAUAUCGUGCAGGCAAGACCCGAAACGGUGCAUUCUCGCCGGGGUGAUGCCGCCGCACGCCUCCACACGUACAAGGUCGGCCAUGGCAAGGGCCGCGUGCUGACGACGGGCGUUUCAGUUGGCGAAGCAGCCGUUGCUGGUCGCGUGUGUCUUCUUGAGUCGGCCUCCAACCAGGAACAGUUCAUUGAUGGGUCGAUUUUAGUAACACCGACCACCGACCCGGACUGGGUGCCUAUCAUGAAGCGAGCCGCCGCCAUUGUUACAGAUCACGGUGGGCGAACCUCGCACGCCGCCAUUGUGAGUCGCGAGCUGGGACUUCCGGCGGUUGUGGGCACAGGCAAUGCCACCUAUGUGCUGCACACGGGCCAAGCAAUCACUGUGUCUUGUGCUGAAGGAGACACAGGCUUCGUUUACGAGGGCCAAGCGGAGAUCACCGCCGAGACCGUGGAUUUGACCAACCUGCCAGCACUGCGUACGCAGGUAAUGAUCAAUCUGGCUAACCCGGCAGCCGCAUACCGCUGGUGGCGCCUCCCAGCCGAUGGUAUCGGCCUCGCGCGUAUGGAGUUUGUGGUUAGCAACGCCAUCCGGGUGCACCCCAUGGCCCUGGUGCACUUUGACCGGCUGAAGAACACGGCAGCCAAAGAGGAAAUCGCGCGUCUGACCAAGGGAUACGAAGAUGACCGGUGCGAAUACUUUGUGGACCGGUUGGCGCAGGGUUUUGCGGCCCUCUGCGCCUCCGUGUACCCGCGUCCUGCUAUCUUGCGCAUGAGCGACUUCAAGACUAACGAGUAUGCGGGGCUCAUUGGCGGCGCCGAGUUCGAGUUGCAGGAGGAGAAUCCCAUGAUCGGUUUCCGGGGCGCCUCUCGCUACUACUCGCCACGCUACCGGGAGGGCUUUGCGCUGGAAUGCCGGGCCAUCAGGCGCUUACGGGAUGAGAUGGGCUUUACCAAUGCCAUCGUCAUGAUUCCCUUUUGCCGUACGGUAGGCGAGGCACAACGGGUGCUGGACGUCAUGGCAGAGACUGGACUUCAGCGUGGCAGGAACGGUCUCCAGGUUUAUGUGAUGUGUGAAAUUCCCAGUAACGUCAUCCUGGCGGCGCAGUUCGCAGAGUGCUUCGAAGGCUUUUCCAUCGGUUCCAACGACUUGACCCAGCUGACGCUGGGAAUCGACCGCGACUCGUCCGAGCUGGCCGAUCUCUUCAACGAGCAGGAUGAGGCGGUCAAGUGGAUGAUUGCACAGGCCAUCAAGGUGGCACGCGAGAAAGGCUGUAAGAUUGGCAUCUGUGGCCAGGCACCGAGUGAUCACCCGGAAUUUGCUCAAUUUUUAGCAGACGCGGGCAUCAAUUCCAUUUCAGUCAGCCCGGAUAGCUUCAUCGCCGUCAAGCGGCAUCUAAUGAAAGUCGAACAGGGCGUUUGA